ACUGAAUAAAUACACAUUUCAUUCCAAUCGUUAGAAUAUGUUUUAUUUGUUAGAAAUGUUUAUUUUCCGCAGUUACGCCUGAAUUUCUUCGUGUUCAUGUCCAUCUUCCGUGCUGGCUAUGGAUGUGUUGAGUAUAACUCGCGUCACACACUCUUUUUUGAUCGCAUUAAUGUAAAUACAUAGUAAAAAUAUGGUUAGACUGGAAAUUUGGAAGCCAAAAAGGCCCUCCGAGUAUAAUGAUAGUGAAGAUAGCCAAAAGGAUGAAAAGGCAAUUCCCCUAUUCGAUAACACAGAUGAUAAGAUACGAAUUAAAACCUUUAAUUCUCCAGAUGGUAUCCAACCGACUUCGAGAGUAGAAUCAAAUGAGGCAGAGGAUAAAAAUUAUUUUGAAAGUGAGUAUUCAGAUCUAGACGGUGAAUCAUCGACUGAUAAUGGAGAAUAUGCGGCUGAAUGGAACAAAUUACAAUUAGUCAGGGCUUUUGGGAAUCAGGCGAGCCACUCUACAUAUAAUGCUGAUUUGGUUCCCAGAGUAUGGCACAGUGUCUUCUACAUUUCUACUAUUCAUAAUUUGGAGAAUGUAACUCAAAAAUAUUUCUACUCAAUCAAUGUUGGACACAUUAACGAAUCGAUCAAUUCGCAAUCUGUCAGGAGAAGUGUCAUGUAUACACCUUCAUACACUCUUAAACCGGGGGAGAGAAUCACCCUUAAACUUCCUAUAUUCAUUUGGAAGAAAAGACAGUUGGUUAUUCCCUAUGCCGAACUUAAAAAUUAUGUAAUUAGGAUAGAAAUGUGGAAAACACGCAAACUUCAAUUAAAUACUCUAUAUUCAUCUCAAACUAUAACAUUUAAAGAGAUCAUAGAAAGCAAGUCCAAUUUUACCAUAACUCUAAAUCUAAAUGUUGGAAAUAACAACAGCCAAAGCAAGGACGAAUCAUUAAGAAACAAGAACUCUGUAACCAAAGAAUCAGAAAAAAAAGUUCCCGUGCACAAACUAAAUGUGGUGAUGUUACUAGAAGAAAUUUUCGAUUUUGUGUUUGUAUUCGAAAACUGGUGGUUCACAGGGGCAAACACUCUCCCUAGAACAUUUAUCAAUGCUCCAAAAACCCUAAAAAUUUCUGUUCAAAGUGGAACUGGGAAAAGAUGGAUAACUAGAAGUACAGGAUCUUCUUACGAUGACUAUUGGUCAUCUCCUGGUACAUUUACCUUCCGUGGAACGCUACGUCAAAUGAAAAUAUCUUAUUUCGUUGUAAAGGUUUACGCUAUUAACAACAAUAAAUUUUGGAAUAAAGGGCAGCUUCUUCUCGGUACAUGUGUUAUGUCACUAAAAUCGGUAAAAGAAUAUCCCCUUGUCAGAGGAAUAGUCAAAAAACUAGCAAUUGGUACUAAAAAUAUGCAAAGUGGGACUAUACAAGGAAAUAUACGGUGUUGUGUCAAGAGUGCUAGUGUUCAAUUUUUUGAAGACUUGAAAACACGACCGGCGCAACCAAUUUCUGGUUCUGCGUUACUCACUCAUUUGGAUCACAAAGGUCAAUAUUUGGUAAUUAGAAUAUUGAGAUGUGAAAAUUUGCCAUCUACAAAUAGUGAUUCAAACACCUCUGAUCCUAUGAUUAAGGUGAAAUGGGAUGGUAUUGUUAAUUGCACAUGCUCUUUGGAAUCAACAACUUCACCCGUAUACAAUCAAAAUAUGUAUUUCCCUAUACAUUUAGUUGAUUCCAAAGAGCUAUCUGAUCCUGCACUAAUAAAAUAUAGCUUGCCAAUAGAUUUGGCAUCAAAGGGACCAGUUAUAAUUGAGGCAUGGGAUCAUGACGAUACAUCAAGUGAAUUUCUCGGAGGUGCAGAGGUUCACUUAUCCAAAUUGUACACAGAUGGUGUUUUGCACUCCAGAAGCCUUGUAGAUGGUAUUUUUAAUGAGGCUUCACAAAAAUCUUAUUCUAACGAUUACGAUACUGGUAAUAACGCGGAAAUUUCAUAUUAUUCAGAAUUUUCUAAUGGCGUACACAUUCAGCAUAUUACAAGGGUGUACGCAGAUACAAUUCCUCUAUCUGGAUUCACUGUUCCACACAGUGGUUCUAAACCUUCAAUAACAUUUGAAAUGUACAUUCUUCCACCCAUGCCAGAUGAUCUAUACAUAUCAGAAGGUCAGAAGAAAGCUGUAAAAUCGGACAUUUAUCAUGACUUGGGUCGUAGGUGGAAUAAAGAUUUCGAAAUCUGGCAAAGAAUAUAUAAUGAUAAAAUUCCUAGGUCAAUAACAAAGAGAAGGUUUCUCUGUAUCACAACAAGUAACGCUGCUACGAGAGAUAAGCUUCCUUCAGAAGUUCUUCCAUUAUGUUAUUUUGUUUCUCCAAUUCAAAUAUCUUCUCAAUUGUCAUCUCCAGGGGAGUUACUGCAUUGGAUAUCAAAUUUUACCGUAAGGGAGGAAGGAAUUGCGAAAUUUUGUGGCUUUGAACAUAUAGACACAUGGCAACAUCCCUCACGUAUGUUAAUGACAAGAAAGGGUGGAUUACACGACAGGGCACUAUUAUUGUGUAGCUGUCUUUUAGGGCUUGGUUAUGAUGCUUAUGUUUGUAAGGGUACCACUUCCAAUGGCCUGCGUGAACACUGUUGGGUAAUGACACGUCAUGCAGAUUCCACAGUAUCAUUUUGGGAAACAGGAAACAAACGAAUUUGGCACCUACCAAAUCGUUGGAAGAACCAAACUCAUACUAAAAAUUCUGAGAGUGUUGGUAAGGAACCAUAUGUGCCAAUCGUUGACAAUUAUGUUCCUAUACAGCAUUAUAAGAUAAAUAAACCGGGAUUUUGUACUGAAAAUAUACUAACUGAAGGUUUAGCCAAGUACGAACUCUAUGGUAUAGAUUAUCUUGCUGAUGAAAAAGUAGAUCUUAGUCACAUUAUCAAUAAGCAGGAUGAGAUCGACUACGAUACAACCGCAAUUUCAGCAAAUUUUCGCAGCACUUCACAGGCGUUUCCAAAGAAAAAAAAAAGGGCAGAUAAGAAAUAUGAAGCAAUACAACCUAGAGAGGAAUUAAUGAUUCCGUCUAAAACCCUGGUCCUUUUACCAUACUCUUCGAUAGAAACGGUGUUUAACCAUAAACAAAUUUGGGGUAACAUUCAAAAUCAUCAUCCUGCCUGUAUAUUCUACAAUCUGGAUGCGGAAGCUGAGUGGCGCAAGUUUCUAAAGGCUCCAAUAGAUGAAAUUCCGGAUUCUAACAUCCAGAUAACUCCUCCACCAUCAGAGACUAUUUGUGAGGAUACAUCAAAAGAUAUAUUGAAUGAUAUAACCGAUAUGAUCGAAUUGAUGCGUGCUAAGAGAGGACUUACGUGUGCAAUAUCAACAGAUCAACAAAUGAGCGAAAAAUUGGAAGCUUUCAUAGACCUUUUGGAGUUUAGACAAAGACUCGAUCCACAAUUUGAUCCGGGUAUGCCACCUCAUCUUUUGGGGUGGAGUAAUAAAGAUAGACAAAAAAAAAUAAUUCAAUCAAUUAAUCAGCAUGAAAGGAUUAAAAUGACAAAGGGGAUCGGAGAAAGUACUACUAGUCUAAAUAGCACAGAUGUAUCUGAAAGCUCCCAUGAAGUACGUGAUAUGAGUGAGAAUAACACCAAUCACCUUACAACAAGAGUAAUCGAGGUUCCUAGUCAUGCUAGGUCAAUUAAUGAACAACAUACAGAUGUUAAAUUCAAAAUUAGAAUUAGGAAUCGGGUAUCAAUCCAAACAAAAAACAAUAAAAAAAGCAAAUACAAAGUAAGUAUUUCUCGGGAUCUUCCCUUGAAAAAAAGAACUAAAAAUGCAGUUUUAUCAUAUUUUAAAGUAAAUGUAGACUAUAAGUGUGGUGAAAAUUGUCAUAAAAACACAGAGGGCUCUGAAACGCCAAUGUCAAACGUAUCUUCUAACGCAAUUGAUAAUGUAACACAACCACGGAAUGGAACAACUAUAGAAUAUAUGCAACUUAUUAGGCAAACGUAUCAUUCUCAGGCUCCUCCGAAUGCUGAUAGAGUAAAUGCCCCCAAAAUAAGUGGAAAUUUUUCAAACAUUUCCAGAGGGAAUAGACAUAGAUUUUCGUAUGAUCAAAAUAGAACAAUGGUAAAAAAGGCAAGAAAAAAAAUUUUCUCACUAAUUGGAAGGAAGAGAAACAAGGUACCAGAUCACCAUUCAAUGCCAAGAUUCGCGCAAGAUAUGAAAGGAAUACUGCCUGUUAACAAAAGUCAUAAGGCGUUUUACCCAGAGUACAAAAUCCCAAGUGAAUUCAAAGUUUAUGAACAAAAACAAUUCUCACUCUGGAAUUGGUACUACCAACUAGAAGCUAUGCAAUAUGGGUGGCAAAAAAAAAGUGGAUAUUUACCCAUACCACCAAACCACACAUUUAUAGGUAUACCAAUACACUUUUCAACCAGCGAUGUCAACGAGAUACGAAAUCUUCUAACAUGUACAAAAAGGUUCAAAAAAAUUAUAGUGAAUGAUGUGGACAAACCGAUAUACGUAACCUAUGUAAAAGUUUUUCCUCUGCUAGGGGGUAUUCUGUCAACAUGGAUAUUUAUAGGAUGUCACGUACCGUGGAAAAUGUGA